CUUGACUGAAGUAGGAUGCUGCCUGGCGGCUGUGGUAUCUUUCUGCCAGACAGAUCCCCCUCACUUUGGAAGCGACAAGCUCAGAUGACCUCCUCUUCAGACACAUUGAUUGCCAGGCACGAACUGGGUGAACUUUCUUCGAGUAAUGGCAGACGAACAACCUCGCACGCAGGCUUACGCUUGCACGCAUUGUGAUCAACCAGCAACGAGUUGGUGCUCUGGCUGUCGCGAAGGGGCCACCUUUGUGGAAGGUGCAAACAGCACCCCAUACUGCAGCGCCGAGUGCCAGAAAGCAAACUGGGACUCUCACAAGUCGGCAUGCAAGCGCCUUAAGCUUACCAAGAGCUUGUAUCACGCAGGCGACAUUCUCAACACUCUCUGGCCCCUCCUACGUUCGCAAACCAGGCAAUCGACCGUCGACGAGGUUCACGUUGGAAACAACAAGAUUGAAUUCUGGGAAACGCUUGAGACAACCAGAUGCCGUGACGACCUCAACCCCCUUGAAGGAUUUCCUGGUGACAAGAACGUUUCUCGAGCAAUCCUUGACGUCUUCCAGAUCACGGAUCGUGAAGUCAUCUGCAGCUUAGGUGUUCUCCUUCACAAGCUUCUCGCUGGCGUAUGUUCCCAGAUUCAAACACUCGAACUCAAGAUCAAGAAUCCCAAGCUUGUGGUCCAAUGCCAUCAACGUAAUGUCCCGGAGGGAGCCUACUACGAUCUUGGCCUGGUGGAUGCUCGAGUCUUGACCGAUCUCCGAACUCCCGCGUUCCUCCCGGGAGACGAGGAACCAGCCACGCAUUACAUUUUCCGUGUGCGCCUCAAGGGCAGUGGUGAGGACUUUGCCAUCGACAUAGCCAACGCCAAGUAUGGACACUUCGACACGGUCGUGCCAUGGGACACAUAUCUCGGUCAACGAGUCUCCCGUAUCAUUCGCGGCAAUAUCACUCCCAGCUACAGCGCAUGUUUCGCGCCACCAGAGGCCCAUCUCUGUCGUAUCAUCGCACUGUCCGAAUUCAAUACCUUCCGCAUGAAGCAUCUCAUCGAAUCUUGGCUGGAGAGGAAUCACCUUGGUUAUGGCACGCUCGUGUCGCUCAGCAAGCCACGCUUCGCAGAGAAGCUUGCAAAUCUCGAAGGAUUUGCCGCGACGGGCCUGCGCGAGAGCUACCCGGACGCUACGAGAUGUGCGAACCUCGUCGCGAAGAUUCGUUUUAGCAACGAGCGUGAUGGGCUGGAUGGGCUUGAACGAGAACGUGUGGCACUGAUGACGGAGAAUGGGGUGCUUCAGGCAGCUGAGGAUACUCCAAGAGCCUUCUUGUUCGGAAUUGAGUAA